GGUCAUAGUCGUCAUCACGCGGAUAGGUUUUGAAUUAUGAGGUGAUAACGGAGCUUUCAAGUGGAGAAUUAGGCAGCUUUUUUUUUUACUUUAAACUAAUUACAGAAAUUCGAUUCGCUUUAAGUUUAAGCUACAUCUCUGAUUUUACUUUAAACGUCUCUGAUUUUACUUAAAACAGCUCGAUUAAGGAAUACAAAUAAGUGCAAAUAACUUGAAAAUUUGGUGUUACCGAGAGAGCAAGGAAUCACCUCAUCAAUGUACUGAAACGUGAUGAGUUGGUACAUCGGCGACCAUGGGGAAGUUAUUUUCAAAGAUAUUUGGAAAUAAGGAAAUGAGGAUAUUAAUGUUGGGUCUUGAUGCAGCAGGAAAAACAACUAUAUUAUACAAAUUAAAACUAGGUCAGUCUGUCACGACGAUACCAACUGUAGGAUUUAAUGUAGAAACUGUAACCUACAAGAAUGUUAAAUUCAGUGUAUGGGAUGUUGGAGGUCAAGACAAAAUUCGUCCAUUAUGGCGCCACUACUAUACUGGAACACAGGGGCUUAUAUUUGUGGUAGACUGUGCCGAUAGAGAUAGAAUUGAUGAAGCUAAACAAGAGCUCCAUCGAAUUAUUAAUGACCGAGAAAUGAGAGAUGCUAUCAUUCUUAUAUUUGCUAACAAACAAGACCUUCCAGAAGCAAUGAAACCACACGAAAUUCAAGAGAAACUAGGUCUUACUCGACUGCGCGAUAGGAAUUGGUAUGUGCAGCCAUCAUGUGCAACAACAGGAGAUGGACUCUAUGAGGGCCUCACUUGGUUGACUUCUAAUUUCAAAUCCUGACUAAAGCCCAAGUUUGAGGGGCCCCAAUGAUAACUUGAUCUUUUGUAAAUUUUUGGACUUGAAGUAGGAAAAUCUAAAAUUCCUAACAGGAAAGGAAAUAAAUUUUCUGUUUGAUUAAAAUUUUUAAUAAAGACAUUUCAAACAAAAAAGACAACUAUCAAUAGAUAUCUAUGUAAUAUCUAUAGGUACAUAGAUAUAUAAACAAAUAUGACUUAUAAUACACAUAUACACAUAUUCAAUUGCACAUGCGCAUUCAUAUGAAUUAAUAUUUUUUGUAAGCCAGCCAAUAUAUCUAAAGAUAUUUGGCCAUCUAGUGUGUGCACAUGUGUGUAUGUGUGUUUGUGCAUGCAUACUUGCCAUCCUGCUGUCUCUACAACAGAUGUCCAUUAAGUGCAGCCAAGCUAAUAAACUCCAUUGAAAUUCUCCAAUUUUGCAGAAAAAAAAAAAAAGACACCUCAUUGCCAAGAUUCCCUUUUAAUAUUUCAGUCUGUUUUAUUAAAGGGAUCUGUUGCAGUUGAAGGGAGGGAUUUUGUUAUAUUUUUGAAAAAUAAAUAAUAAAAAAAAAAAUGUUACAUACAAAAAUAUUCCUGAGCCAGGGAUUAAAAGCAGGAUUGAGCAGAUAUUUUUUUUUUUCCAAUCUAAGUAAAUAAAACAAAUUACUUGGAAAAACAAACCAAUUUAACAUUGGUUUAUUUUUCUAAUCUGUUCAGCUGUUAGACAAGUUCUUUUUUUUUUCCCCAAAAAAAUGCUGUUUUCAUUUGAUAUUAAACAAGGCAAAAAAAAUAAAAAAACCAUGUUUGGAUGCAAUUGGUUUUCCUCAUGCUAAUUAAUGACCUGCAAAACAAAAGAGAAAUAUUUCCUUUCUAGAAAGUAAGGAAAAAAGAAAAAGCCAUGUGGGACCAUGAUAUGUGUGUGUGUAUGUAUGUAUGUUUGUUUGAUUAGUGAAUGAAUUUUAAAAUUACAACUCUUGUGAUGGAUAAUAAACCGUCACCCAAUUUCUGAUCACACAGAUUUGCAAGUAUGUAUAAAAAAUGAGUAAUUUAAAGCAAAUUUUGAAGUAACCAUUUUUUUUUUUUUUUCUAAGGACAACUCUUCUAUACAUAAGAAUUACUUUCUGAUGCUUCAAUGCUGUUAAGUUCCAUUUUGUUCAGAAGAAAAUAAAAACAGAUGUAGAAGUGACAAUGAUAACAAUCAGCUGCAGUCAGUUCCUUAAAUUCUUAUGGGAACAUGAAAAACGCAUUCACAUAUUGUGUGCGUAAAUAUAUAUAUAUGUAUAUAUAUGAGUAAACUCAGUCCUAUGAAUUGAGUCUUAUAUGGCUGAACACUCAACAACAUAUACAUAUGUGUAAAUGUAGAUGCAUUUAAUUUGAAAAUUAAUGUGAUUGCACCCUGUUUGUUUUGUAUCAGUAUAUAUGUGUACACAAUUUAAUUAAUUGCAGUUAAGUAUGUCUGUGGUAAUAUGAUUAGUUUGUGUACACAUGUUUACAGCAAAACCAAUAGUCUUGAACUUCAUACAUCUUCCUCUAUGAUUCUGGUAAAGAAUUCUCCACACUCAGAUAUUUGUCAGGGAUUCUUUUGGAUAAUAGUAUUAAUUAUGGUAAUGGUAAUAAUAAUAAUAAGGAUUUCUAACACUGACGCAAGUAAUAUUAUAACAAUUAGGUAUUGUAAUGAAAGUCUGGCAUCAGGAAGAAAUUCUUUUGUAGUUUGUCAUCUUUUGUCCCACUUCUAUUGGCAGCAGCCUUUCCACUUGGCUACAUCACUUAUUAAUUUUAUUACUAAGGUGCUUAACAACAAGAACAAAGAAAAAAAGAAAAAAAACAUGCUUCAUAACUAAUGUCGACUUCCUUAGAUAUUAAUUCAUAUUUUAAACAAUUUUCUUUUUCAUAAUGAAACCCUAAUAAUGUUAUGUUUUCUGCUUCCCUGUGCAGCUUGAGCUGUCAUAUUAGUUGCUGGAAGGUAACUUCUUGGCUCACCAUUGGCUAUGCUGCUGCUGCCACAUCAAAUUGUACUUCCCAGAAUUUUUAAAUGAAUUUUUUUUCUCUUAAAAUAAAUCCUACAUGAUCACUUGAAAAAAAAAAAAGGAAAAAAAAUAUUUAAAAAAUUAAUAUAAACAAUAUUGUUUAUCGUUUUUUUGCUUUGCUACUAAUAUUUUGUUGUCAAGAAGUAAAGCCCUAUUGUUACAUAAUUAUAAUUCUGUUUAAACAGCUGCUAUUGAUUUAUUGAAUUGCUAUGGUUAAGGGCUGAUAGCUUUCAGCUUCCUUUCUGUCUUAUCUUUCUCAUC